GAGAAGAAAUGAAGUAAAGGGACGAAACACUAUGUGAUUAUUGUGAAUGUGUUUUAUGGAGAUGAUAUAGAAUCUCAGACAACCUCCAGAUGGCCUCGGACAAUAAAUGCCAAGCUGAGAAAAUUAAGAUGAGAGACGGCAAAGACAAAAGGCAAAGUCGCAUGAAAAAGCUCAAGAAAAGAAUAUCAGCAAGCUUUGGACGUCUCUCCAUAACCAAGGAGGACACUAUACAUGAGAGUGACCAAGAGUCAGAACACGAGGGUCUAGUAAAUGGUGUGUCCCCGGAUGGUGUACAAGGCUACCCAGGGGCCAAUCUCUCACUACAACGCUGUUCCUAUAAGGAUGACUAUGAAGGCCACAAUGGGAUCAACCCCGCUAACCGACACACUGGUGGUUACCACACCCUAGGCCGGCCUACUGUGGUACACCGACUAACAAAUAAGAACCAUGCUCCGGUGAAGCGACAUCAUUCAGCUGGGGACAUGCUAGACGGAACGUUUGAUCUUGACUCGCCGCCUGAUAAUGAAAAACAUGAGAGACCUAAAUCGGAAGGUCAUACGUAUCUACGGCAGUUUUCUCCAAAACGAACAUCAAGUUACGGAGGGAAUUCACCAUUUGGGAAAGCUGAUUCUUAUCAGAAGUUGGAACAGCUUGGAGAAGGAAGCUAUGCAACUGUGUAUAAAGGCUUCAGUAGUUUAACUAAUCAGAUUGUUGCUCUGAAAGAAAUCCGAUUACAAGCUGAGGAGGGAGCUCCGUUUACUGCCAUCAGGGAAGCCUCACUUCUGAAGGGCCUAAAGCAUGCUAACAUUGUCACACUACAUGACAUCAUACACACCAAAGAAACGUUAACGUUCGUGUUUGAGUUUGUUCACACAGACCUCAGUCAGUACCUGGAGAAACACCCAGGAGGUCUCAACGCUUUUAAUGUAAAGCUCCUGUUGUUCCAGUUACUUCGAGGGCUGGCUUACUGUCAUCAGCGCAGAAUUCUCCAUAGAGAUUUAAAACCACAAAACUUGCUUAUUCAUGAAACUGGCGAACUGAAACUGGCUGACUUUGGGUUGGCAAGAGCGAAGUCCAUUCCAAGUCACACUUACUCCCACGAAGUAGUGACUCUAUGGUACCGGCCUCCGGAUGUUCUACUUGGCUCCACAAAUUACUCCACUUCACUGGACAUGUGGGGUGUGGGUUGUAUAUUCACGGAGAUGAUAUCUGGCAUGGCUACCUUCCCUGGUAUGAAGGACUCAGUGGACCAGCUAGACAAGAUAUUCAGGGCACUUGGGACACCGACUGACCAGGCCUGGGAGGGUGUUUCUAAGUAUCCCAACUACGACCUCAAAAAGUUUGUGUUGUACCCAGUGCCCUGCCCCUUGGACACAGUCAUCCCUAAACUGGGGUUCAUUCCACAUGCCACGUGUCUUGCCUCACAAUUCCUACAGAUGCAUCCAUUACGGAGAAUAUCCGCUCAGAAAGCCAUGCAUUCAGAGUAUUUUGCAGAUCUUCCCCCAAAGAUUUAUGAACUUCCAGAUGUGUCCUCUAUUUUUAACAUUCCGGGACUGAAGCUCUUACCAGAACUAGAUGAACUUAUUGCCCCGACCGUUUCUCCUAGCCGCCCUAGAGAACGGACCCGGAUACGAACCACACUCAAAGUGUAAACUCACAAGGAUAUAUAUUACAAGGAGCGUGUGUGCUGACUAGGACGGGAGAACGAGCGACUAUGUUGUUAUAUGCAAGAGGGUGGUCAUUACUCUUUGUUGUUGUAUAGACUGAAAUUUACAUUAUCACCACUCAUCGUCACAUUCCUCCACCAGUAUAGAUGUUUGGAGGUGUAAUUAUGCUCAUCGUCACAUUCCUCCACCGAUAUAGAUGUUUGGAGGUAUUACGCUCAUCGUCACAUUCCUCCACCAAUAUAGAUGUUUGGAGGUGUCAUUGCUGGUACAUUUUUCCAAAAUAUUCAUUAUUCUUCAUCUGGCAUCGUUUUGUGAUUUCAUCUUCACCAAUCAUCUCCAAUCAUUGCCAUGACUUUACCUAAUAUGGUGGGGAGUUACUAAACCCCAAUGUUUACGGUGAAUUUGACCAUGUCACUAAUAUGUGUUGUUGUAUCGUGUCGGCUGGAGCUAUCACAAGUUUAUACAGUUUUUUUUUUGUUGGCAAUAUUUUGUAAUCUUCACCCUCAUUGGACGAUUGUUUUGUUACCUGAAUCCUCAUUGGUUUGCUGAUGGUCACCUGACUUGGAAGCAACUCAGUACUAUGUGAAACAUAGUCAAUAGCAUUUUGCUGACACUGAAAAAUCUUUUCCAUUUUAUUACUACUCUUUGUUAUUGAAAACAAAUCAAGAUGAUUGAUGAUGACUUAAGGUUGUAUGCUACCUUACUAAGAUUAGUAUCUCUUUCCCAAGAGAUUGCACCAUCAAACUUAUCUGUGAUAACAAUUAAGACUUUCCAACAGUCAAGAAUUUUAGAAUGUUCUAGAGAAACUUUUCUGUUAUCAUACAAUAUAUAUCCAUUUAUUUUUUGGCAUUUUGAAUGAUCUUUAAGAGUUGGAGGAAGAUGAGAAUAUAACAAUAAAUAAAAAGAAAAACAAAAAAAAAAUUUCUCCGGAACGAUAGAUUAGAUUAAUGUUAUUUCCGUAGACUCGGUUUGGAUGGAAAGAGGGGUGGGGUGUAGGGCAACAAUUACUUCGGACAAAAAGUCACGGAUGGGCUUUUUUCAGUGAAUAGUGGAAUAAUACUUGUUGAUAUUUCUUGUGAAUAGUAUUAGAUGUGGGAGGGGUCUGUUUUUCACAGAUAUGGGCUUAUUGCUUGCAGUAAUAUAAGGGAGACAAUUUCAGAUUAACUCUGUAGUAAGGUAGCAUUAUCCUCAAUAAAUCUACAGAAUUGAUGAGAGUAAUUUGCUUUGGGCUACUGAAUUAAUCUCCUAGUUUGCCUAUUUGGAGAAAGUGAUGGGUAGGAUUAUGUUUACACCCAUUGUCAACACCAACCACAGUUCUAGUGCAUGUAUUUGAUGUCUGUAUCAAUUAUUUGUACCAGAAAGUGAAGUGGAUUUAGCAUGAAGAUUUCCGAUGGGUCUUAACAUUGAUGCUGUACAGUCAAAAGAACUUCAACUAACAAAAUCAAUGUUGUAUAAAUGAUGGGACUCGGCCAUCUGGGGCAGGGUUGAAAAUUGGAAAGAUAGGAAAUUUGCUAACAUCAGACAUCUGACUCCAGAGAUGUGUAGGUAAAGGUGAGAAAUGUAAGUUCUUAAAAAUUCUUCUCGCCUACAAGGAUGGAGUCCAAAGUUGGUGUGAAGCAAUUUUUAUGAUUGAUGAAUCUGAUUUCUAAUUGACCAAACAAUUGAAACCCAAUAGAGAAAUUAUUUGUCAUAUUUGAAAUUCUUUAUGUAGACAGGUAAGCAAUGCAUACCCCUUAGGCCUCAUGGCCUCAUGGCCUAUUCUUGAAAUAGGCAAGCUAAUCCCGCCCCCAACCUCUGCCCCUCCCCGCCACUCCCUCCAUUUUAUUACAAAGAUGUAAUACAUUUAUCAGAAACAAUGUGUACUAUUUAAGUUGAAAGAGUGAAAUCAAAUGACGGAGAAAUCAAACGUAACUAGAUAAAAUGAAUUGUAGUUGUUUAGGGUUUUUAUUUUUUUAAUUUGUCACAUUGAUAUGACGAUUCUAAAAAAAAAUCUCAUUGAUUUUAACUAACAGAAUGAUACAUACUUUCGUUUCGUAAGUAAUGGAUUAUUAUAAGGUUGUCUUCAUAUUAGUUGUUAUUAACAAGUUUUCGAUCUGCUACAACGUGUAAUUUUUUUUUACAUUGACACUUCAGUUAUAUGUGACAAUUGUGCUCAUGUUGUACAAUGCCUUGUUGCCUUUCAUGGUGGACGAUUUUCACAAGAAACUCUAAAUGGUUAUACACUCACCAUAGCAACAGUAUCCAGGUACAAUUAACAAUGGGAUUUGUCCCUUUAUAUAGUAACCAUGGAAACUAUCCCUAGAUACCAUUUUACUGGUGACCACAGUAACCAUGGUAAUUAUCCUUAGGUACUGUUGCUAAGGUUACUUUCCCUGUUGAUGGUAACCAUGGAAACGAUAUAACUUAGUCAUGACAUGAGGUCCUAGUCAGAUUUUUCGCUGUCUUUGUAUCAGUUGAUUUUUAGCUGCUGAUAGCGUUUUUGCGUCAAUUUUGUUUUUCGUGCUUGAUAGAUCCUUUAUUAUUAGUGCUCUGCUGUGAUUUUUUUUACUUAAAGUGGCAAUAUUUUUCCUUACCUUCAGUAUUGUGUACAGUUUAUAUAUAAUUUGUGAUAACAUUAGACCUGUAUGUAUAUAUAUAUAUAUAGCAAAAGACCAUUAUGAAUCAAACCAGAAAUGUUUGUAUCCCGUCUUUUAUGUAUUUUUAGCAUAACGAAAACCAGUGUAUUUUAUAUCUCUGUAAAUCCAUCUACUAGUCUCUGUAGCUGCGCUUUACAUGAAAUUGAUUCUAUAUAGUCAUUGAAAAAAGAAAAACCAAACAAAUAGUCUCAUGAUUUAGGUUCUAAAAUUAUAUGUUUUUAUUACCAGAGGUAUAUCUGCUUUUCUGGUGUUACUCUCACAUGUUUAUUCAUAUCUUAAAUCAGUCUGACACUUUAUUGUUACACAUUUCAGAAAAUGUUUUAUACAACAAUAUGUUGCAGGAAAUAUCUAAAUAGUUGUGUGAUUAUUCUAAAUGAAAUUGUUCAAUUUUAUAUACAUUUUGAUAAGCCUAUUUAAGAUAGAGUCAAUAUUUCAGAGUGUUUUUGCCAGAAAUUAACUGAAAUUGAUCUACAUUAAUAUGAAAUUACAUGAAUAUUUGGCAUUAUGAAUAUAUUGCUUUCAUAAGUUUACAAAGUGAAAACCUGUAUACUGUGAGGGGUGUU